CGACAGACAGACAUACAUACAUACAUAUCUUCCCCGAUAUUCGGGGACCUCGCUCCAUCAAUCUCCACUUGCCAAUUCCUAUUCCUAUUCCUUUCUGCUCAAACGAAUUCGAUCUCUCUCGCUCAACCCUCCCCUGUAAUCGGAAUACCUUCGCUUUUAUGACCUAGGAUAUUUUUGAGGCUGCAGUGUGAAAUGAGCGUUGCCGACAGAAAAUGAUGUCGGUGAAGAGAAAUGUUGGGAAGUAUGAGAUUGGAAGGACGAUUGGGGAGGGAACUUUUGCCAAGGUUAAGUUUGCGAGGAAUACGGAGACUAAUGAGAGUGUGGCCAUCAAAGUCAUGGCCAAGACUACCAUUCUCAAGCACAGAAUGGUUGAUCAGAUAAAGCGGGAGAUAUCAAUAAUGAAGAUUGUCCGACACCCUUGUAUAGUCAGGCUGCAUGAGGUCUUAGCAAGCCAAACAAAAAUAUACAUAGUUUUGGAGUUUGUCACGGGAGGCGAACUUUUUGACAAAAUUGUUCACCAUGGUAGACUUUCUGAGAAUGAAUCAAGGAAAUACUUUCAACAACUAAUUGAUGCAGUAUCACACUGCCACAGCAAGGGCAUUUAUCACCGUGAUUUAAAGCCUGAAAAUCUGCUCCUUGAUUCCAAGAAAAACUUGAAGGUUUCUGAUUUUGGACUAAGUGCAUUACCUCAACAAGGGGUUGAUCUUCUUCACACAACUUGUGGGACUCCAAAUUAUGUUGCACCUGAGGUACUAAGUCACCGAGGUUAUGAUGGCGCUGCUGCUGAUGUUUGGUCAUGUGGUGUGAUACUGUAUGUUUUAAUGGCAGGAUAUCUACCAUUUGAUGAGACAGAUCUUCCCUCCUUGUACAACAAGAUUAAUGCUGCUGACUUUUCAUGCCCAUUUUGGUUUUCCCCAUCUGCAACGUCAUUGAUACGUAAAAUUCUUGAUCCCAAUCCCAAAACGCGAAUCAAAAUCGAAGGGAUUAAAAGAUCCCCUUGGUUCUUGAAAAAUUAUGUGCCCGUCAGAGCUAGACAAGAUGAAAUGGUGAAUCUGGAUGAUGUUUCUGCCGUUUUUGACGACAUUGAGGACAAAUAUGUGAAUGAAGAAUCCCGAGAUAGUGAAAAUGGCCCGUUGAUAAUGAAUGCUUUCGAGAUGAUCACCCUUUCGCAGGGAUUAAACUUAUCAGCCUUGUUUGAUCGGCGCCAGGAUUACAUCAAACGACAAACUCGUUUUGUUUCCCGACAGCCCGCAAAAGAUAUACUAGCCGCUAUUGAGGCAGCUGCCCAAUCAAUGGGACUCAAGGUUCACACACGGAGCUACAAGACAAGACUCGAGGGUGUAUCCGCUAACCGGGCCAGCCAAUUCGCCGUCGUGCUCGAGAUUUUCGAAGUUGCUCCGUCCCUUUUCAUGGUGGAUGUCCGUAAAGCUGCUGGCGACACCCUCGAAUACCACAGGUUUUACAAGAACUUCUGCACCCGGCUCGAGAAUGUCAUCUGGAGACCAAGGGACAGUGAUCCGGCUAUUCUCCAGACAAUGACGAGCUUAUCCAAUUCGAGUGAGUGAAGCAGGCCAGUCGGGAGGAUGAAAGCUAAUACUUUUAAUUUGUUUUUUUAUGGUUGAAGAGGCUGCCCGGCGCCAUUCUUUGCUACGAGUGAGUUUGUCAGGCGGAGCUGUACGAGGAAUGAAUAAAACUCCAUAGAUGUCCGAUGUUUGGUGACAUAUAUAUAUAUAUGGUUGAUGGUUGUAUGUAUAGGUAGCAAUAAGAAAGGAAAAUGUUGGAGUCGCCAUUGAUGCCUGACUUUUUUAGGUCCCAUGGUGAAUUGAGAAUAAAAUGAAGUUUCUUGUGUUUUUUCUUAAAAAAAC